AUGGCGAUAAGGGCAAUCCCGUUGGGUACCGAGACACUUGCGUUCCAGCGUGCCACCAGUAUGGACGCGUACGAAGCAACCGGUUCGAGUGAAGAUCCCGAGGUCCGGCAGGCAUUUUCCGACAGUAUUCUUCACAUACUAAGGCCUCUUUCGGUGAUGGAGCUGCCCGGGAUCGGUUCCCGCCGUGAUAACGGUUGCGAUGCUACAGACAGUGCCCUAUCGGAACCAUUUUCCGAUCUGGACGAUUCCUACAUCCUGCUGGAUCAGCGCAAAAAGCCAGUGGGGAAGGAUGAAGGCGACGAUAUGAUGCUGCUGAAUCAGUUCACCUCGGAGUUCCGGGAGGUGUACGAUCAGCUAAUCGCAGAAAUUGACCACGAGCAAGAGGAACCAAUUCUACCCCCGGACAGUGAGCCAGACCUACCCUUCAGCGCCGAGAUGCCGUUUGAGGAUGCCGGUGGCUUCAGUCCACCCUUUCAGAGCUUCAUCGAUGAGAUGCUGCUCAAAUGUGACCUGAAGUACCAUCUGGACGAGCGGAAGCGGCAGCGCGAUCAGCAUCGCCGCAAGCAACGGCGGGUACGCAAAGCGCCGCCGCCAGCUGCACCGAAGGACGCCCUGGAGCCGGCCGAACGUGACUCCCUGUCCGGGGUGUGGCGUAUGCUCGAUGCCGUGUCCGAACCGAACGGGUUCCCCAUCACCGAGGGCCAGUACGAUCUGUACGAGGACGAGCGGUUCGAGUGGUUGCUGCGCGAGCGGAUGCCCUGGCACCGGUUGGAAGUGUCGCGCAAGAAGUGUGAACAGUGGCUGAAGAUAGGCCCGAGCAGGGCCAAGCAGGCACAGGACGAGAAACGAUCCCGCCAGUCCCAUCGAUCAGCGGGCAGGCGGUGAGGUGGGGUAAAAGGACGGUAACAGCAUUGAUAAAAAUCAGUAUUCAACAUCCACAUGUGCCAUGGCGUGUCUGUGUGAAACGAUAUGACUGAAGACCGGUUCCGGAUCGAUCCAUUCAACAUGCAGCACUGCUUUCUA